AUGAAGAUGAUUGUGAAGCUCUCUGCAAUAGCAAUGGUGGUUAUUCUGCUUUUUCUUGCAUCUGGCCUUGCACAAGCUAGGAUCGACCCUUUUCUUCAAACCAACACAAAACCAAUCCUCCUAACUGAGCAAAUUUCUCAUGCACUUAACCAGUAUGCGAAGAUAUCGGCUGACCAAACUUACUGGCCUCCAGUACUAAACGCUUAA